AUGAGUUCCGAGAAGACGGUGAUCAACGGUGUGUCGAUCGAGGACGACAUGGAGGACGAUUUUGACGAUCUACUGGACAAAUUCAAAUCGCCCUCGGAAGCGAAGCAAGAAGAAGGGUCGCAUAAGAAAGACAAAUCGGCGGGGAGCACGAAGCCGGAUGACGCAGAAGAGGCUGAUUGGCCGGGCCAGGAGAUAUCCGACGACUUUGCGCGAGAUCUUGCCGAGGGAAUGGAAGCCUUACUAGCAGGGAUGAAGGACGAAGACGGGGGCGAGUUCAAAAAGCAUCUCGAAGCGCUUGUCUCUGUCGAUGGCGGCCUCAAUGGAGCUAGCGACUUACUCGAUGCCCUCAACCAGAAAGAAUCCAGCUCGAACCAAUCAUCCUCUUCAAACCCUGCCGAACAACCCGAAACUGAGACUAAAAACUUUCAAGAGGCUAUUCAGGAAACCAUGGAGAAACUCAAGCAAUCGCACGAUUCUGCUAAAGCAAAAAGUGCUCCUUCCGAAGAUGAAAAUAUCUCGGCCUUAUUCGAAAAAAUGAUGUCCGGCGAAAACGGAUUACCGGACGAAAACCAACUGCAAACGAUUCUACAGUCAUUCAUGGAAGAAUUGAUGUCGAAGGAAAUCAUGUACGAGCCCCUCAAAGACAUGAGUCGAUUAUUCCCGGAUUGGCUGAACGAGAACCGAAGCAAACUGUCUCCCGAAGACUUGAAGAGGUACGAAACUCAAUCGAAGAUCAUCGGACAAGUCAUCGAAAAAUUUGAGGAUCCCAGUUGGGAUGCAGAAGAAAAAGCUGGAGGAGAAAAAUUCAUUUCUCGCCAGAAGGAAGUCAUCGAGCUCCUGACCAAAAUGCAAGAUUGCGGUCCACCCCCAAAAGAAAUCUUGGGCGAUAUGCCUGCUGGCGUGUUUGGCGAGGACGGUAUGCCAAAUCCUGAACAAUGCUUGAUUUUUUGA